ACUUGUGUACCUGUGCGUGUCCGCCUCGCCGCGAGCCCGCGACCGCGACCAAUCCGCCGCCGGUUGAGCUCGAGAGUCCCGGACCACCUCCGCUUCCUCCCAUGGCCAGCUCCGUCAGGGACAGCACCGCAGCGCCAACCGACGGCGGUGUCGCGGCGGCGGCGCCACCGGAGGCUGCGGCGGCGGGGAAGGGGGGCGCCGGCGCGACCAUAUCCGUCACCGUUGUCCUCCUCGUGCUACUGGUGGCCUCCGUCGCGGUGUUCCUGAUAUCGCCGCAGCCGGGCGGCGGCGGCAAGCCGCGGGUGGAGGAGGGAGCUGGUGGCGGCGGGGAGGAGGCUCCCAAGGGCGCCGAACCGGUGGAGCAGGCGGUGGGGGUGGGGGUGGGCCAUGACGCCGCCGCCAUCCCCGGCUUCAACAGCCGGCUCGACGCGUUCCGCGCGUGGGCCAAGCUCACCUGGAUGAAACUCCGGCGGCCGUACUCCGACGAGCCCGGCCGGCAUGGCGCUACGGGGAGCCCCGGCUCGGCGGCGGACGCGGCCAAGAAGAGCCUGGAGAUGACCAAAGCGACGGUGGAGGAGGUGGCGGUGUCCGCGGCGAGAGCGGCGGGGGACGCUGCAGGGAAGGCCAGCGGCAAGGUGAAGGGCGCUGCGAAACGUUCGCCACCCGACGCGGAGCUCUGAGCCAAGCAGUG